AUGAACAAUCGUGUUACAUUGUCGGAUGCUUUAUCGAAUGUUGAAGUGUUAUAUGAAUUGCCAUUAAUUGACGCUCAACCGUGUAUAGAAUGUGCAAAUAAUGCUAUGGUCUAUGAAGCUAAUUUUGACAGUAACUUCGAAGAUAAAACAGCAUUUGUUACCGGUAUAUCAAAAUAUAUUGAAGAAGCUGUGCAACAUGCAAGUUUGAAUCUUUUGUUAGAACAAGGAUAUAAACAUGCAAUGACGUUGUAUACUUGGCGAUGUUGCAGUAGAGCAAUUCCACAGGUAAUAGUUUUUAGCUGAAGAGGCAAGUGUCAUUUAACUUAUUUUUCUAUUUAAAGACGAGAGAGAAUAUAUUAAGUUAAAAAAUAAAUGAGUAAGUUCUACGCAUGAAGACAGAUGCUGCUAUUUGAUCCGCUUAUUAUUUUCACAUAAGUGUUGGCUUUACAAAAAUUUUUAAUUUGGUAAUUGGAUCAUCGAGUUUUAUUUAGGCACUGAAUCUUUCUCCCUCCGCUUCUCUACCUAUUUGAGCUCUAAAUACCGAGUGUGGUAUAAAAAAUAAUCCUCUCAGUAUUUCGAUUGUAACUGUUUUUCUUCUCAACUUUUAGACCUGAUUGUUUUUCCAAAAGCUGCACUGUCAAAUUCUCUACAAGACGUGUGUUAAAUAUCUUCUGUAGUUAGUUACCGAAAAGAACUGAACAAAGAAAACACAAUACGUAUAAGAGGACCGACUUUCCAAGCCCCAAAACCGUUUUAUCAGAGUUUUUUCAAUAGCUGGUAACGAGAAAAAUAAAAUAAUAUAAGCAUUUUGUAGUCCUUGAAAAGCUCUAUCGACUAGUAAUAAGUGACAGCAUUUUAUGUCAAUCUUUGAGC